CUAGAUUUUCUAUUUAAUAAUUAGUAUCUAACCUAUAAUUAGUUACUCGAUUUUGGACGUUAAAAAUUUAAACUAAAAUAUUAGACAUAUAUUAAAUUAUUAGUUAUACAUUAAAUUUUAUACAUGCAAUAAGAUUAAGUUUGAAAUUGGAAAAAAUUUGAAAUAAUUCUAUUUAAUAAUUCUUUCAGUAAUACGCAAAAAAAUUAAAUGUGUGUUUAAAAAAUAAAUAAUCAAAGUUAAAUUUAAUAUAAAAAAAGGAAAACAAAAUUUAGACGAAAGUAGAAUGGUUAAUAAUAGAAUAACAGAGUAAACAGAUAUUUGCAUUUAAUAUAUAUAUUGUAUAUUGCUAUCUCAUCAUCAUUAAAAACGCUCAUGGUUAACCUGGAGACUUGGACCCUAAUUUGGCUUGAGCGGACAAUCUGGGUUAACUUCAAAAUUUUGCAUUCCCAGACGUAUUGGACUCAAUUGCAGAAUUAGAUCGAUCAUGUCAGGAAUCUGAUUUUACUUUGAUUUUUCUUGAGGAUUCUUCCUGGAAAUAUAUUUAAAAGAAGAAAAUAUAAAAAUCAUUUAUAAGAAUAAAAGAAUCUACGAUGCCAAAAUUAGUUUAGUACGAUGCCAAUGUUUGUUUGUGAUUAAAUGGAAUAAUGGGUAAGGUAUAUAUAUAUGUGCAAUAUAUCUGGGCCUUCCUGUAACAGUUUUCCCUGUAAGAGGGUCGGGGACCUCGUGUCCACCUCCCCUUUUGUGCGUGAACCUGCACCAGUUGCGUCGUGAGGUUUGCGUCGACUCAACGCCAGUCACGCCUGAAUCGUUCUCGAGGUAACUUCUAUCUGGAAACGAUAAGAUCCAAAUAUUGUAGUCAUGUGAGUCGGGAAAUGAGGUGUAUUAUCGUCUUCUCUGUUGUGUGUACAUAAUCACAUGAAAUAGGUGACGCAUUUUAUUCUGAAGUGCUAGAUACUUGUUUGUUGAACUUAAAAAAGUGGAGAGAAAGGGAGAGAUGAGCAACGGGGAAUACGAAGAGGUUAGCUGAGAUUGGUUUUAAAUUACUUUUGCGUUAAAAUUGUUAUUUCCAAUUUUAAUAUUUUACUGUGACUCAUUUAUAAUUUUUUGAAUAAUGAUUCGUUGUGUGUGUGAUUGUAAAUUGUGAUCUGUUUUUAACUCUAGGUGUUUGGAAUGAGUUUUAAAGAAUCUCUGAAAAAAAACGUGGAAGUGACGAUUUAAAAAGACAUUUAUAAGGCUUGAGAGAAAAAUAGUGAGGUAAUUUCAUUGGAAUGUAGUUGAUUCAAGUUGCGAUUCGUUUUUCACACGUGGAUAUAAUCGUUUUUGUUACGUGAUAUUACAAUUGAUGUUUGUAUCAUUAUCUUAAUAAGUAUAUGUUUCAACGUUAGUUGAUUUGCAUUAGGAAACGAUUAUCAGAGUGAAUUUUUUAUUUUAACAUAUAUAUAUAUAUAUAUACGUAAAGUUUAAAGUGUUAAAAAGUUAUAUCUUUUUGUUUUCUAUAAAUUUAUAUUAUUAAGAAAGUUUCUUUUUUAAUGUUCAAGGAUUAAAAAAAAAAUCGAAGAAAAAUACGUCUUAAGUUUUUAAAAUAGUUAUCCUUGAAGAAUAAAUAAAUUCAUCAUCCUUAUAUAAUUUUUAAUUCUUAAGAAAAUUAAAAAAAUCUAUCAUUAUAAGUUUUAUUUCUAAAAAAAAAAGAUUAUUAAAAAUCUUUGAUUCUAAAAAAAAAUAUGCCCACUGGAUUCACAUAACUCUUCAUGAAUAGUUCGUAACACUUGUAAAUUGUUCGUUGGUAACUGUAGACUCUUUUGUGAAAAGCAAAUAACAUGCAAUGCAUUGACCACCGAAUAGUGUUUGCGAACAAUGUUUGGUGAACUGAAAUCACUAAUAAAAUCGCGUCUUUAAAGAAUAGAUUUAAACAUCAGUCUAAACAUUACAAAAGCCAACUUAUAUAAUCGGCAAAAAUAACAGCAUAUUCUUAAUUAUUCCAGCAGAUUCAUUAUGUAAACGUGUGAUCUUGUUGUCGUCUAGUUUAUCCAUAAAUCCAAUCCUUCAGCGGCCCCCGACAGUAGAUUGAAAUUUCUUAACCGCAUUAGAUACCUUCCAAGUUAUAUGUAUACCUAUUUCGGUAGAAUACAAGGUCUGUAAUUCGCACACACUUUCAUCAUAAUUCGUUGUCGCUUUUGUACUUUACUACUUCAAAGCACACCUGUUGCUUCUUUUUCCAAUCUUUUUCGACCAUUUUGAAAGAUCGAUUAAAUGACAAAGAUCUGUUAAGAGGCAUUAGCAUUGUGAGCUGUCUACUUACUUAGAUUGCUGUUAUUGAUCAAUGUAUUCAAUUGUUCUUUUCAUAGAUUUAAAAUGGAAGUAGGAGAAAUAUUUUUAAAAAGUGAUAUAAAUGAUAAUGAGGAAUAUUUCUAAGUGAUAAUAAUCAAUAGUUAUAACUAUUUUAUAAAAGAAUAUGAAGUUUUGAAAAUUCAGAAUAUAGUUGUUCAUUGUCUCAUUACCUUGAGAUUCGGAAAGAGAAAGCGACACUUCAAAAUGCCGCUAUAAAUUAUUCUCCUAGGUAUUGCAGCAUGGGUCAGGAGGAAUCGACCGUUCUGCGACUAUGGCGCAGAGAAUUGCCAUUCUUUUUUAAUUCUUUGUAGAGUCAAUUCUGACGAAUGUUUAGAUUUAUAAUUAUGGGUGCGCGAUUCGGAAAAUCGAGUGAUUCUGAUUUCUGUCCGAUAAUAAAUUGAAUUGUUAAACUCUUAGUAAUGAUGUAUGUUUAUUUUAUAAUUCAUGGAAACAAUUAUCAAUUAAAUUAACUCUUGAAAUAAUAAAUGGCUAUAUCUAUAUAUUACUAUACGUUAUUAUACGGAUGUUACUCAUAAUUUAUUAGAAUUUACAUAAGACUAACAGCGAUUAGAUAUAACCUUGGUUCUAUUAUCUCUAUAUAAAUAUUUUUGUCAUAACGUAUAAUUAAAUUCUUUAAAAUAUUCUAAUUAGCUUUUUUUUUAUUGUUUAUUCUAAAUUAUUCAAUUUUAGUAAGAUUAGUUUUCAAGUAGUUUCAGCCUAAUCGGUAGACGGUAAAAGACACGAUGGAAAUUACGCCAUUUUGAAUCUUAUCACCAACGUAGGUAAAACGAUCCUUAUUAAGUCUACUACGCUGUAGUUUAAGUUCUUUGCACUGAUAGAAUUUCAGUUCCACGAUGGAAACCUAUAUUUUCUCAGAAACGAAUACAUGUCCACCAUCGAUGGAGGAUAUACAGACGUUUAAAUUGUUUGUGAAAUGUGGCAGGAAAUUCUCUGGGCGUCAUUCUAGUAUUAUCUAUUGAUUACACGUCUCUUUUAUUAAAGAGUACUCUUUGAUUCGCAUUUAAUUCAGUUACGUUAAAUAAAUAUCAUUUAAUACGGGGAAAAAAAUUCAUAUUCAAGGAAAAAAUUUCUAUUUAUUUAUUUCGAGUAUUUGAAAAUAAAAUUAAUUAUGAAAUAAUUUAUAUAUCAAUUACUGUCAACUAUAUAUAAUAUAAUUUGAUAUAACGCGACAAUAAUAUCUAGAUAUUAAUCUAUAAUAUAUUUGAUAGACGCUAAAAAUAUAAAAAAAUUAUUUAAUCAAGUAAUUUAAUUAACGUACGUUGAUAAAUGACACGUGUGUGUAUAUAUUGAGAAUCAACUUGGAUUACGUAAUACAUGGCGUUGCAAAAUGAAAGCAACCGGUCGACCGGUUAGCCAAGGCACGCGCUCGUGAGUACGCAAAAAUACUUGCUCUUGACAAUGAUCGAGACCAUCAGUGACAAUUCUGUAUCUUUCGUUCAAAGAAAUUGAAUCUCAAGGAGAAAAAAAUCUAAAGAAAAAAGAGAACGAAAGAAUUGGAAACAGGAAAAACGAGAAUUCUCAGAUGAUUGCGGAAACCGAGUGAAGAAAUACGAAAUAAAAAAAGAAAAAAGAAGGGAUGAGAAAUGGACAUGUGAAAUUGGAAGGAACAAAAAAGGAACGUUGGAAUGAGUACAUGUGAGGAGUAGAAUAAAAAAAGACAGGAAACUCUCAUGUGGGUUAAGAUGGUAGUGAUGGGUUCGAGUCACUCGUGAUCAUUCGAUAUUAUUUUUGUGACAUUCGAAUAAACGAAGGAUUGAUCAAUCAAUUUAAAAUAUAUCUUGAUUUUCGGUAUUUGUCUCUUUGUAAUAAUUUAUACAAAUUUGUAGGUUUACUAAGGAAUCUUAUUUACACAAGAAAUUAAAAGAGGAGAAGAGAUGACGAGCUAUCGCUGAAAGCAGAAGAAAAAGGCAACAGUCUUUUAGAAUGGUGGAGGGAGUAGUGGCAAUGUUCUCUUUUCGUAUGACAAGGCUGAAUCAGUAUCAUCGUGGCUAUUGCGCGCGAGACACUAUUCUCUUAUUCUUUCAUUCUCACUCUUUUAUCGCAAUUGUACAUAUGUGUUACGCGCGUGCCAUUGUUCAUACGUACUUGCUGAUCAUUUUUUACGUUAUCUUCAAUAUCAGUAUGCUGAUUGCAAAGCUUUGAGGAAACAAUACGUGAUCGCCCCUACUUUUAUUGGAUCCUUUUUGUUUAAACAAUCAAAGAAAGAAGAAUCCAAAGACUAUAAUGGGUUCUGGAUAUUUAAAGCGUGCAAAUACUGAACGCCUCCAUGAAAUAUUUAAUCAGUACGCUUCACAAGAGAAAAAUGGCGAAAGGUUUAUGACCUCGUCUGACUUUGUCCGAACUUAUCUUGGACUCUACACCAACCCUGAUUACAAUCCUGACUCCGUCAAUUUGCUGGCUGGUAUCGUCGAUACCAGUAAAGAUGGACUUAUAUCAUUUGCCGAGUUUCAAGCGUUCGAAGGAUUGCUCUGCGUACCAGAUGCUUUGUAUAAGACGGCUUUCCAGCUGUUUGAUACUAAUGGAAAUGGAAUGGUUGCAUUUGAUGAGUUCGCUGAGGUGAUGCGGAAAACGGAACUCCAUCGGCGGAUGCCCUUCAAUAUGGAUAGCAGUUUCAUUAAACUUUAUUUUGGAAAGGAUAAACAGCGACUGAUAAGCUAUGCGGAGUUCAGUCAGUUUUUGCACGACUUCCACGAAGAAUACGCGACAGAAGCAUUCAAGAAAUUCGACAAGGAUGGCCAAGGUUUUAUUUCGGCAUUAGAUUUUCAAGAUAUCAUGCUCAGCAUUAAGAGUCAUUUAUUAACUAAGGAUGUAAGAGACAACUUGGUCGCUGCAGCUAGCACCGGACAAGGUGGACGUAGCAAAGUCAGCUUUCCAUAUUUUAUGGCGUUCAAUUCCCUCUUGAAUAAUAUGGAGCUCAUUAAACGUAUUUAUCUUAACGCGACGAAUGGCCAUAGAUUCGAAGAAGUUACCAAAGAGAGGUUCCUUCAUUCCGCACAAAUGAUGUCGCAGAUUACGCCAUUGGAGGUAGAUAUUCUGUUCCAGCUAUGCGACCUGCUACACCAAACUGGGAAAAUAGUGUACAGCGAUCUUGUGGCUCUUACUCCUGAGCAAUAUUUCAAGCAAAUCACGAAACGCUUAGCAGAGAUCAAAGCGGUAUCGAGUCCUGAUGAGCGUGGAGUGAUCGUACAGAUACUCGAAAGCGGUUAUCGGUUCGUUCUAGGGUCCAUAGGUGGAGCUGUUGGCGCUACAGCCGUAUAUCCUAUUGAUUUGGUGAAAACAAGAAUGCAGAAUCAGAGGACUGGAUCGUUGGUUGGGGAGUUAAUGUACAGAAACAGCUUUGACUGCUUUCAAAAGGUGAUCCGGCACGAAGGUUUUUUUGGCCUUUAUCGAGGUUUGUUACCUCAACUGAUGGGCGUAGCACCAGAAAAGGCCAUUAAGCUGACCGUUAACGAUUUUGUCAGAGAUAAGUUCAUGGAUAAAAAAGGAAAUUUGCCCCUUUACGGGGAAAUUAUAUCUGGUGCUUGUGCUGGAGGUUCUCAAGUAAUAUUUACGAAUCCUUUAGAAAUUGUGAAAAUUCGAUUGCAAGUGGCUGGAGAAAUAGCAGGCGGGUCUAAAGUUAGAGCUUGGACUGUCGUAAAAGACUUAGGCUUGUUUGGCUUGUACAAAGGUGCUAGAGCAUGUUUUUUGAGGGAUAUUCCUUUCAGUGCAAUUUACUUUCCAGUAUAUGCUCAUACAAAGGCACGAUUAGCGGAUGAAGGAGGCUAUAAUAAUCCUUUGUCGUUAUUAGUAUCUGGUGCGAUUGCUGGUAUUCCUGCAGCAGCGCUGGUCACUCCUGCAGACGUAAUAAAGACUAGAUUACAAGUUAUAGCGAGACGAGGUCAAACGACAUAUACUGGCUUACUAGACUGUGCAAAGAAAAUUUACAAGGAAGAAGGUGCAAGAGCAUUUUGGAAAGGAGCCACAGUAUUCAGAUCAUCACCUCAAUUCGGCGUCACCCUUUUCACUUAUGAACUUCUGCAAAGGCUGUUCGUAGUUGAUUUUGGUGGAACACGACCUACGGGAUCGGAGCAAAAGGUGCCUGCGAUAGGAGUGGCAGAAGAGAUUCGAUCGACUAACCCAGAUCAUAUAGGAGGCUAUCAGAUCGCCUUACCGAUCUUUACUGGCAUCGAAACAAAAUUCGGUCUUUGUCUACCCAGGUUCCAAGCAGUAGAAAAAAUCAGAAAGUAACGUCAUCGUUUCAGCUUCAGCUAGAUGAUGAAGCUUAUAGCGACCUACUCAUCAUUACAGAAUUUCGUAUCAAAUCGCUGAAAAUUCAGACUAUCUGAGAAAAAUGAGUGAAACGAGCUCCACAGAAUCAUAAACCGAAUAAAAUGAUAAUCCGUCGAUUGAUCGAUAUGAUAAAUUCAAUCUGGAUAAAAAGAAACAUCAUAAGACAUAGAAUCCUUAAGAAUAAUGACAGUGUUAAAUGCAGGAUGUUAAAUAUGACACGAAAGAAAGAAAAACUUGGAAAAAGAACUUGGAAAGAUAUUCCUUCAAAACGAUAUAUUACAUACGAGAGUAAAGUGUUAGAUAGAAAUAUGGUGAAAAUUGCAUAUUCUAUCCGAGAUUAUUACGUAGAUUAUUACGUCUAGUUUGUUUAACGAAAUUGACGAUAAAAAAAAAGGAUAGCGUCAACACGCACAACCUUCUUCGUGAUAAUCGGUUCACCGAAAUCGAGAUAGCAAUUGUGAGAAAAUCACACACAGGGUUUAGACAAGUUAAAUACAGACGGUUUAGCCUAAAGACAUUAUUGAAACGAGUGCAGCCUUUUUACGCUUAUGUUAUGCAAGUGUGGAGCUCGAAUGGAUUGGCGAUGCGAAGAAGCAGAUAAACUUAUCUUCUUUGUACAUUUUCUUUUCUAUAAUCUUGUAUUUUUCACAUUUCACCCAUUGCACCCGAUUUAAAACAGCGAACAAAAUACAAGCUAUACAUGGUAGUAUACAUGCUUAUCUCUUUUAUUAUUACUUUGCAUUCGUAGGAUUUUCUAAAUGAAAAUGAAGAAAAUUGAUAAUUUGUCGAAGAAAUAUAAACGAAGAAAAUGGUGCGAAGGGUGAAAUUACAUUAAAAUAUUUAGUCCAACCUGGUUUGAAGAGAGAAAGAAAGAGAGAGAACCGGUUCGUGCUUCAAACCUUGCUUUAUGCCGCUGUGGCCACCAUAUUACUUUUUCUACUUUUUAUAUAUGGAUCGAAGAUAUACUCGUUCGUAUAUGUAUUUGUAUCGAAGAGUUGACACUAUUUUUGUAGUGUUCUACUCAAUUGGAGCGGAAAUAGAGGUUUCAUAAGAGGAUUUCUGUUUUCCUAAGAAUGUUGACAGGUUUCAAAAUUGUCUUACCGCUUCUCUCAACCCUUUAGAAUCGCUUUUUGAGCUUUUUAUGAAGCCCCGGGAGGGUUGUACAACUUAUUGAUCUCUAAUUUACUGAUCGACGGCUGUAGUAUUCGCCAUGUUCGCCUAUUUUCUACUCUUCUUCUAGUCGCAACUGCCAUUCGUUUUCUUAUUUCUUUUUCGAUAUAACAACGGUAUAUUGAUUUCGUUUGAUCGAUAAUUAUUAUCUCGAUGAUAUUUGACUUUUAAUAAUACGUAGAAUUUUGUUCAUUCUAUCGCACAGCGAGAUCAGAGGCUAUGCCACUGUACAUUUAUUUCUUUUUUAUCGAAAAUUAGUGGAAAAUAUUCAAACAUUCAGUAUCACAUGAGAUUCUAAAACUAUUAUCACGUUAUAUUUUGUCCUGUCUCAGACAAUACUCUGACUAGAGUUAAGAGUCUUGUAUGAUACUAGAGAAUGUUUUAGAACAUGUUUUUCUCGUAAACAUUUUCGUCCGCUUAUUAAAAUAACUCGGUGUGGCCUCCACGCGUUAUCUAUGGAAGAUAAUCGAGUUCUAUUUAUAAGUAAGAAUUUAAUCGAGAGUUCGAGGAAUGUUUUAAAAUGAUAAAAAGGAGGACUGGAUCCUUCAUCCCUAGUUAAUGUUCACGAGUCUCGAGCUAUUUUAUAUCACACGCAUGGAUCGAGAAAACAUUGUGAAUCCUUAAGACGAUCGUUCAAAAUAUUCGAAGAGCAUAUAAUGGUCCAAUAUUUCUUAAGAAAAGAGAGUGAAGAAAAUUUUUUUUUCCCAUAUAAUUAAGAUACUCAAGUAUAUAAAAAUUUCUUGAUCCUGGUUUGUCGGUGGUAUCUUCGAUAAUUUUGAACGAUUGGAUGGACCAAUAUCGUAUUGGUUUUUCGUCGAGAGGUCUAAAAGGCCGUGAAACGCUCCCUCCCGCAGUUCGAUAAUAUAUUAUUAACAAUAAUACGUCGGCUCGUACUUGCUGUAGAGAAAAUUAGAUGGCUUGGGACAAGUUUUCGAUACUUUCGAUCGAACAUUUCGAAGUGUGCAGGCACAGAUUCGCGAAAGUAAUAAUUGUACCAAGCUUUAAGAUCAGCAUUAUUAUAAUAUUUUUAAAAUAUUUUUCAAAAGAUAAUUUUUUAUCAUUGUGCUCAGAGAACAAAUACUUUAGAAUGCUUUAGAUUUUAUAAAUUUGCCAUUCGCUUCUUAAUAAGAUCAACUUAUGAUCAGCAUUCAUUUAAGCAACAUCGUAGAAUUAUUAAAGUUUAUUGUUGCUACCGAUUGUCAGCGAAAUGCGAUUCACCAGCAUUUUUCACUACCAGCUAUUGCGUAUUUCUUUUUGUGUGCAUGUUGUUGGUCAAGAUCUCGGGUUAUUGCCUAUAAAAUCAAAAAAAAAAAAAUUUGUUAACAGAUCUUGAUACAGUAUCUUUGUACACUAUAAUUUUUAAAAAUUCUUCUACAAAAUUAUUUGUAGAUAAAAGCAAAUAUUUUUGUGAAACAUAUUUACUUUUCCAUCACAAUUUUACAGCAGAUUAGGACCUAUGUCUUCCUCCAGAGUAAUUUCGUGUAAGUUUUGAAAUUUAAAAUUAAUCUAAAUUUAUUUAAUAAAAUUUCAAUCACAUGUGUACUUACAUCUAA